CAAAGGAAAGGAAACCGAGAAUUGGACAUAACAGACGUUGAGCUUUUCUUUUUUUUUUUUUUUGAAAAAACAACCAAAAGAAAACAACAAAAUUUGAUACGAAAAGAGAAAAACAGAAGAGGAUGGAGGAAGUAUUUGUAUAUGUGGAGGAGUUUCGAUUUCAAACGUCCUACGACGUUUCGCGCUGUAGGAUUUGCCACGAAGAAGAAUUCGAAAGCCCUCUCCAACUCGAAGCCCCCUGUUCUUGUUCAGGUACCAUUAAGUUUGCUCAUAGAGAUUGUAUUCAGAGAUGGUGCAGCGAAAAAGGCAGCACAGUUUGUGAAAUUUGUCUCCAGAAUUACGAACCUGGAUAUACUGCACCUUCUAAGAAGCCUCAUCACACCGAUCAAGGUGUCACCAUUAGGGAUGGUGUGGAAAUCCCGAGAAGCGAGGAUGAAGAGGCGGCAGAGCCGGCAUCGCCGCGCGAUGGCGACGGCGCGUCCCUCUCCGCCUGCUCUACCACCGCCAACCGUGGUGCUUCCUGCUGUAAAUCCGUCGCUCUUACUUUUACUUUAGUGUUGUUGGUGAGACAUUUCUAUGAUGUGGUUGCUGUUGGCACCGAUGAGUAUCCAUUUACACUUGCCACUGUGCUUAUUUUAAGAGCAAGUGGAAUUAUUUUUCCUAUGUACGUGAUAAUUAGAACGAUCACCGCUAUUCAAAACAGUGUUCGUCGAAAUCGGUAUCGGUAUCAAUAUCGGAAUCACGAGGAUUUUGAUGAUGAUGAUGAUGAAGAAGAUGAUAUCUCGAGCUUUGAAGAUGAUGAUAGAAGACUGCAUCAUAUUGUCUAAGCUUUAUACGGACACUCAUUAUUUGUUACAUUUUUUUAAAAAAGGAAACAUUAUUUGAGCUAACUCAACACACAUCAUAGAUUCUUCACUUUGUCCAUAUCUUUUUUCCCUAAUUCAAUGUAAUUCUAUCUCAAUAAUUGGAAGAAAAAAAAAUCUUUUCUCUUUUUCAA